AUGGUAAAUAAGAACGUUAAAGGUUACAACCCUAAUCAAAACAGGGGAACAAGUAAAGGAAGAAAUAUUAGCAAGAAUAAUAAAAUUAUUAAAAAUAAAGAAGGAGGUAAAAAUUUAUAUACUUGGUAUAUAGAUAAUAAAAUUGAUGAAAAAAAAAAAAAAAAUGAAGAUAUAGAAAAUAACAAAGCUAAAUAUUUUGAAGAUGUUGCUAUAAAUAAGAAUGUAGAAGAAUAUAUUAAUGUGAUAUGUAGAAUAAAAAAUAAUAAAAUUGAUAUAAAUAAUAAAAUUGAUACAAAUAAUAAACUUGAUACAAAUAAUAAACUUGAUACAAAUAAUAAUAUAAAUAAUAACAAUGUUGAUGUUAUAAAAAAGAUUUCUUAUAAUAAAUUAGUUAUAGAUACAUUCCAUGUAGGUAAUAAGAGUUCACUCAAUUUUGAAUAUACAUACGAUAGAGUGUAUGAUAUAGAAAAUAAUAAUCAUAUGAUAUUUAAUGAUUAUAUAAAAAAUAAUAUUAAAAAUAUAUUCCAAGGUAUUAAUUGUAGUAUAUUAGCAUAUGGACAAACUAAUAGUGGGAAAACGUAUACUAUGUUAGGAAAUUUUGAUUUUCUGAAUAAUUUAUUUCAUCUUUGUAAAGAUUAUAAUACUUGUCAUAAUAAUGAAAAUAAAAUUAAUAAGGUACAUGAUAAGAUAAACCAUAAAGAUAAUAAUGACAAUAAUAAGGAUGCUACUCAUAAUAAUAAUAAUAUUAUUAAGACUAACAUAAACAUGAAUAACUCUGAUCAACAUAAUGAUAUUCAUUUAACAUACGAUGAAUUAACCAACUGUAUAACAAACGAACCAAAUAAUGUAGGUAUCAUACCACAUUGUAUUAAUUACAUUUUUAAUUAUAUAAAUUAUCAUAAACAACAAGAUAAAAUUAAUGAUAAAAUAAAAGAAUUUACUGUUACCUUAUCCAUUCUCGAAAUAUACAAUGAAGUGAUUUAUGAUUUAAUAAGUGGAGAAAGCAAUUUAUCUGUACAUAUGAUAGAUUCUAAUAAAAACGAAUUUAUUAUAAAAAAUCUAAAAGAAGUGGAAAUCGAAAAUAUUAUUAGUGCUCUCUAUUAUUUAGAACAAGGAGUAAAUAAUAGAAAAAUAGCGUUUACACAUAUGAAUAAAGCUUCUUCAAGAUCCCAUUUAAUAUUUAUUAUUAAAAUAAAUAGAUAUAUAUAUUCAACCAACACUAUAAGAUGUGGGAAACUAUGUCUUGUCGAUUUAGCAGGAAGCGAAAGAUUAAAACAAACCAAAGCAACGGGAUCGAUCAAAAUAGAAACUACUAUGAUUAACAAAAGUUUAACUGUUCUUAGUAAAGUUAUUAAUUCUUUAGCUAUCAUGCAGAUAAAGGAAAAAAUAGAAAAAAACAUCAAGGAAAAGGAAAAGAAUAAAGAUAAUGACAAAGAUGAUGACAAAGGUAAUGACAAAGGUAAUGACAAAGGUAAUGACAAAGAUAAUGACAAAGGUAAUGACAAAGGUAAUGACAAAGAUAAUGACAAAGGUAAUGACAAAGGUAAUGACAAAGGUAACCAUAACAUUAAUGAUAACAUUAAUGAUAACCUUAAUGAUAACCUUAAGGAUAACCUUAAGGAUAACCUUAAGGAUAACCUUAAUGAUAAGGAUAAAUAUUCGUGUGAUAACAAUAUAAACAUAAAUAAUAACAACAGUCAUAUAAAUAAUUCAAGUCACAAUCCACACAGUAAUACCUGUAAUAUACAUAUUCCUUAUCGAGAUUCUAAACUCACAAGAGUAUUAUCCGAUAGUCUAGGAAAUAAUUGUAAAAGUAUUCUCAUAUGUACGUUAUCUUCAAAGUUACAAUAUUUAAACGAAACGGCAUCAACAAUAAAAUUCGCGCAAAGGGCUAAAAUGGUUAAGGCCAAACCAAUCGUGAGAGAAGAAAAAGUAGAAAACAAAAAGGAAGCUGAUACAAAUGAAAAAGAAAAAAAUAUGAAAAAAAAAAAGAAAAAAAGAAAUGAAGAAAAAAAUGAUAAUAAUGGUGAUGAUUAUAAGGAAGAUAAUUAUGAUGAUGAUGAUGAUGAUGAUGAUGAUGAUGAUGAAAAAAAUAACCUGUAUGACAAUAAAUUAAAUAUUUUCCUCAAUUUUAAUAAAAAUCACAUAACCAAAGAUAUCAUCUUCUUUUGUUUUAGUCUCUGUAUUUUCAGCUAUAUAUGUGGAUUUAAAAGCACUGGAAAAGUGAAAUAUUUAGACUUCUUUAUUGAAUCCUAUAAAAAUAAAAUCGACAUUAUUAAAGAGCAACUUAACAAAAGUAACGAAUCAAACAAAAAUGACAUAAACGAAUAUCUUAUGAAAACCUUUGACGAUUUAAAAGUAUUAACAGAAGAAGAGAGGCAACGAAAUAUGAAAUUAAAUAUGGAGAAAUUAAAAAAAUGUAAAGAUGAUAAUAAAAAUACAAUAAACCAAAUACAAAAGAAACAAGAAAAUGAAGAACACGCUUUGACCAUAAGAAAUUUAGCUAAGGUAGAUCCUACCUUGAUUUCUAAAUACGAUAUACAGAAGAAAUAUCAACAUAAUAAUAAUGAUGUUUAUGAUGAAGGUGUACAUUAUUUAAAUGUAGACGAUAAUAAUAAUGAUGAUGUACAUGCGGAUAAUAAUGAUGAGACACAUAUUCAUGAUAAUGAUAAUGAUAAUGACGAUGAUGUGUUAAUAGGUGAUAUAUUAGUAAAGAUGAAAAACGACAUAUGUAAUAUAAUAAAAUUCAAUUUGACCAGUUUAAAAUGUAAUAGGAAGGAAAAUGAUGAGAUAUUUGAAGAAAUAUUACAUAUAGUAAAUUCUGUAAAAGAAAAUAAUGACAUUUUUUUAAUAAAUGAAUUAAAAAAUAAUUCAAAAGAUGAAAAAAAAAUAAAUAAAAAAAAAGAUGCUCAAGGAGAUAAAAUAAACAUUCCAGAUGAUAACAACAACAACAAUAAUAAUAACAAGAUUAGUUUUAAGUCAAUAAAAAAUAUGAAUAUUGUAAAAAAGUAUUUAAAAAAGGAUGAUGUUAAUAAAAAUAAAAAUACAAAAUCAAUUUUAAAUAUAAACCAUAAAGAUGAUAAUAAAUGUUAUCAAGAUAAUAAUGAUAAUGAUAAUUAUAUUACUGGUGAUGAUAAAAAUAUGAAUAAUAAUAUAAAAAACAAAAAUGACAUAUUACAUUAUCAAGUAUUUGCACAAAAAAUAUUAAGUGUUACAAAUAUACAAAAUAUAUUUAAUUAUGUAAAUCAUAAUUAUACCAAAUUUAUUAGUGAUUUUACAACAGAUAAAAGUACAGUAUUUUCUAAUUUCGAUCUUAAAGAAAAUUUAGAUAGACAAAUUAUUGAAAAAAAUAAUACUAUAUAUAAUUUUAUACAUUCGGCUACAAUGUUUCAACAUAGUCAGACUUUAAAAAAUUUAAACAGUAAUUAUUUUAUUAAUAAAAUACAAACAGAAAUAUAUAAUAAUUAUCCACAUAUUAUUCAUAUGAAAUAUAUGCCGAGUAUAAAUAAUAAUGAACCUAUUAUUACAGAAAGACAAAAUGAUCUUAUAGUUACUACACCCCUCAAAAAUAUAUUACAAAUUAAUAAGGAAUAUAAUAAUACAUAUAAUACACACAAAUAUAUACCCAUUAAAGAUAUUAUACCUGAUCAUACAACAAAUCAAAAUGAAACGACAUGUGCAAUAAAUAAAAGUGUUACAUUUUUUAAUGAACAUGGGGGAAAUAAACAUUCUGAAGAAGAUUUAUCGAAUAAAAAUAAUAUCCCCAUAGAGGAAAAUAAAAAAGAAAUAAACAACAAAAGUAUCACUUUUUUGAGACAAUCUCUUGAAGGAACAAAGAAUAAACAAGAUGGAAGUUUCAGCAAUAUAGCUCCUACCAACAAAAAUAAUAAGAAUUAUGAUGAUGAUAAUAAUAAAAAUAAUAAGUAUGAUGAUGAUGAUAAUAAUAAUAAUAAUAAUAAUAAUAUUAAUAAUGAUGAUGAUAAUAUUUGUGUAGGUGAAAAAAAACAUAUAAGAAAUCACGCCCAUAAAGACCAAUCAUAUGAAGUACAAAAUCAAAAAGAUAAAAAUUCCAAAAAAAAAGGAUCCUUUGUUCAUAACAUAAACGUGUCAGAUAAAAGCGACAAUUCUUUAGAAUUUACAAAAUUGUUAGAAGAUAAAGAUUUUAAAAAGUUAUAUGAAUAUUUAAUAGAAAAAGAAAAUACAAAUGAUGUGAAUACAUUCAUACAAAAAGAAGAGCAUAUGAAUAAUGCUCUUAAUGAAUUAGAAUGUAAAAUUAAUUCUGAGAUAAGAAGAGUCAGUGAUCAUAUUGUAGUAGAUUAUUCAAAAAAUAAUCAUAAAAAUAAACAUAAUAACAUGAAUCAUAAUGAAAAUUCAAGUAGAAAAAAUAGCAAUAUCAAUAAAAAUGAUAUAUAUAAUAAUAAUGACAAUAUGAUCAUGGUAGUAAAAAAAAAAAAAGAAAAAAAUUAUAAUAACUUAGAUAUAUCUUAUUUAGAAAAAAAAAGAAAUACAAAUUUAUUCAUUAAAAAAAUAUUUCAUAUUAUUAAAAAUAUUUUCCAAAAGAAAGAUUUUAAAGAACCCAUCGAAAUAAAUGUUUCCGAUAUUAUUGAAAAUGAAUUAUUACAUAAUAAAAAAUUAUUAGAAAAAAAUCUAGACUCAUAUAAUAUCAGAAACUUCUUUAUAAAUAAUAAAAAAAUAUAUCUAUUAAAUGAAUCUGAAUACUCUCAUUUAAGAGAAUUGAUUAAUUAUAAAAAUAAAAUGUUAUCAUAUCUUAAUGGGGAGUAUAAAAAGUAUAAACACACUUCUCAAUAUAACACAUAA